AUGCCUGUUACUGAUCCCUCCUGUUCAUCACCCGUCGGUUCCAUGACCCCCUUGAAGACUCUGCCAUCUGCCUACUUUCUCCCAAACCACUUCAAAACCCCCUUGGCCUUCCCUUCCUUUUCCUUCUUCUCCACCUCCACCUCCUUCACCUCUUCCACGUUUUCCCUCUCCUCCUUUGCUCGAUAAUCCUUCCUCGCACUCCCUUCCCACUUGGAAUUCAAAUCUCUGCGGUCAAUCGCAUUCGCAGGUCCCCCAACCGCCAGCACCUUCCCCUCCUUGCCAAACCCCCAGCUGCCCCUUCCGACCUCCAUGUUUCUAACACGAGCCUUGCGGUCGCAAACCCGAAACAAAAGCCCAGCGGGAACACUUGCCAACUUUCCCACCAUCCCCUCACACGCUUCCAAGCCUCUGUUAACCAUCUCCGGCCCAAGCACAAACUUCAUACCAACCUGCUCGUAAUCCACCGCCGCGCCGCACAUGAUAUCUCGACAACUCUGGUACGCUCUUCGGGCCGGGCCGAGGUCGCCAAAGUGGAGGUGUAGCGCCCCGAGCUGGUAUUGUGCGACGGCGAGGUAGGGAUCUAUCGACGUGGCAGUGCGCAGGGAGGAGAGGGCUUCCCGUGGAGAUGAAAGAAGGAGGUGGAUUGCCGCAAUAUUGAAGUGGAUUGUUGCGCAGGGGUGGGGGAAGAGAGCUAGAUGCUCAUUGUAGAGGUUUUGGGAUGUUAUGAGGUCGUAGGCGUCAAAGUGGGAUUCCGCGAGGACAAGAAGGUUGAGAGAGGAGCGGGUUGGUGCUAAUUGCUGGGGAAGUGGAGGUGAAGGAGUGGUGGAAGUUGAGGGGAAGUGAGGGUGUUUAAUGUCGGUCAUUUGAUUUUGAUCCUUAUAAUGCUUUGGGUGAGUGGAGAGGGUGGGUUUAUGUGGUGAGGUAGAGGUUUUUUUUUUCGGUGUGGUGUUGUAGAGAAGUCUGAUAGAGAUCUCGGUGGUUACGUUUUGGGAAUGAUGUACUCAAAUAGCAUGUAUCAUACUAUGAGAAGCUUCUAUUAGGGUCACGCGCUCCUUUGAACCUA